AUGAAUUUAGAGAAACAAAAAAGUGGUGGGAGUCAUUCAACAUCUUGGCAUGAGUGUAGUAUUUGCAAGAAGAGCUUCAAAAGUGCAAAAGCUUUAGGAGGACAUAUGCGAGUGCAUAACACUGGGGAGAUAGACGCUAAGUUAAAGCAAUCAUCAUUGGGACCAAUCUCCACAGAUUUGAGAUGGGUAGUCCCGUCAGCUAUUGCAGAAGGUAGUAGUCGAGAUCGAAACCGAGGGAAGGGUAAGAAGGUACAAGAACUUCAACUUUUCAGCCAAAAACCCUCCAAGUUGAAGAAAAAGCAGUCCGAUGAGAAGGCAGGAGGACAAUCAUCUCAACAUGAUAAUGUUGACAAUGAGUUGGAUCUUGAACUUAGAUUAGGAUCUAACCCAAAGAAGUCAACUCCAACUAUAUUUAAGUUCUUCUGA